UGCGAGGAAGCGGAGUGGCGUCGUGUAGCUAAACCGGAUCAGAAACGGAACCAGAAAGUGAGAUGGAACAAGCGGAUAUUACGGAGUCCAAGGAGAAUGUAACCACAGACCAGGAAGCACCCGGUACCGAUCACAAGGAUAACCAGUCGGAAAGCGUUGCAGUAGGCGAGUCAAGUGCUGCGAGGACCAGCGAGAAUGAUCCUGAUGACGACGAGGAAGAGGAGGACGAUGAUGAGACGAAGCUGGAGGAACAGCUGCAAACCCUCAAGGGGGACCGAAUCGGCGAGACCAUGUACUCAGAGCGAUUCGUACUGUCCACCAUACUGAAGCUGUCCCAGCUUCAGGAUCAGCAGCUGCUGGAGGACAAUGAAGAAUUCGAGCGUGAUCUGUGCAAUCUCUGGGACAUGACGAUCGAGCCGGACGUGGUGCGCUUUCUGGUGCAACAGGAAGCGGUUGAACUGUUUCUGGCGCUUGCGGGCCGUUCGAAGGAUUACCGAUUGAUGGAGAUCUUGAUCGGUAUCGUUGGCAAUAUGUGCUGCGUGGAAGAGAUGCACGAACUGCUGCACACGCAGAGCGAGAUCCUGUUGGCCCUGUGUGAUUUCCUGUCUGUCGAUGACUCUCCCAUUUUGGUUCAGCUGAUGCGUACGCUGACCACGCUGUUCGAUCGAUCAGAUGAUGCGCGGUAUAGCUGGUUUGAGGUGAUGAAGCAGGCCGACAACUUGACCGAGAAACUGUCCCUCAUUCUCGCCACCAGCACUAACCGGGCGUUGCUGGAGCAUACGGUCGAGACGGUUUGCGCCAUCAUUAAUCGGUUUACCGAGGCCGAGGUGGACUAUGCGCAGCUGAAGGAGUUCUAUCGUCUGUUCGGUAAGAGCUGCCUGCUGGAUGGUCUGUUUGAAGCAUUCCGUCAGCUCUACCCACCGAUCAACAGCAGCAACACCAAUGGUUCACAAGUAGCCACUGGUAGCGGCAGUGGUGGUGGGUUCGAAGAGGACACACUAACGGCGACGGAUUUGAAAACGAUGCGCCGCUUUAUGGAGGUGCACGAACACUUCGUAGUGCAUGCGAACGAACUGUAUGAACCGCACGUGGAGGAGCUGGUGCAGUGCGUCUAUCGGGUGCUGGCGGCACUCUGCAGCGAAAGCAUGCUCUUUCCGUUGAACAAAAACCAUGUCAGCAUUCUGGUGUGCGUCAACAACAUCUACAGUGGCAUCAUGUAUCACUUCCACGUCGAAACCUUCACCAGCAUGAUACGAAUCUAUGGAAUGCUGACAACUACGACGCCAACGACGACGGGGACAACAGCAACAGCGACCAUGGCACCAAGCACUUCAAAUGGCAGCGGGCGCAGCCAAGACAAUCACUCCUCGCUGCCCGAAUCGUCGGACAUGAUGGAGGAUGAUGGAGGAGAGUUCGAUGUCGAGACGGCGUCAGCUGAACUGCUUGAAGCCAUCUACUUCCUCGUUACCCCGAUCGAUCGAGAGAUCAUUCGCAGUGCGGUAGUGGCCGCCGGAUUUCGAAAGCCGUCGAUCGAAGAGCUUUGCCGGGGUAUGCGUGAAGCGAUGGACGGUGAACCGCUGCUGCAUCAAACCUGCACCAAGCUACUCAGUGCAUUCGAAGAUCAGUCGCCACCGGCGGUGCAGCAAACGAGCUCCGCGGCUGAAUGAAAGCAGAAGAAGGGGGAGAGAGAGCGAGACACGCAGGAUAAUUGUAUUUUUUUAUUUUUACUUUACAAACCUUCACAUCUCACCAUAAAUAUUAAAUAAAUAGAUUAGUAUAAAAGCGAAUAGAG